GAAGCACUGGAAAAGUUAAUACAAGUGUUUUUACUUUAUUAAAGGCCCAAUUACUGGUGGAUAAUGCACUAAAAACGUUUUUAAAAAAGGGGCUAAAUCCUGUUCUUCCUCUUCGGGUCACUGUUCAUGCGAUCAGUGACUGAUUUUGUUUUUUUAUGCCUAUCAAAUGUUUGAUUUAUACAUGACACUGGAGUCAUAACCAAGUAUUUUUUAACACAACUGUCAACUUUUAACAAUGUGUAAUGUUUACACAUAUGCUUCUCGUCACCUGUAGUUUAUUAUUAGUAUCAUUAAGUUGUUUGUCGUUGGUGGUUGGACGUUGCUGUUACUAUGUCUGUUGACAAGAGUCUACUAAAAAUAAUAUAUAAUGUAGUUACAACUUUGUCCACAAGAUGGAAGUGCUGUGCAGACAGGAAUACCAAACAAAGGCUUUAGAAAUGAUGGAUGGGUGUGCGUCUGGAGGGAGGGGAUGUGUUAUUAAAAAUACUACUGAAAUAGAACAUUUGGCUCUGACCGUUAACAUUAAACCCUGCUGUGGAAGUGUUUUUAUUGUAAAAACAACGAACAUCUGCUGUAGCUGGACAUAGAAGGUGCGACAUCAAGGGGAUGUGUUUGGAAAAACAACAACCCUGCAUUUGCUUUAACGAAAACACCAAAAAAACACUCUGAUAUCCAUGAUCGUACUGGAGGAGGCAAACACGCCGGAGUAGAGACGUAGGUGUCUGUACGUGAAUCAUCCUCAGAGGUGGGCGGGACGCUGCUGCUGAAACAUCCCUGUGGUCAGAUCAGAGCAGGCGGCGUCAUCAACAGCAGCAGCUGUGAUGCUGUUUCGACGCAGCUAAAAGACGCCUUAUUAAAAAAAAAAAACAAACCAAAACAAAACUAAUGUUAGCUCAUCUCUGUUAGCUUCACUUUAGCAUCUCUUUAGCCCCCCCUCCCUUCUUCCUUCCUUCACUCUGUCAUUUUAUUUUGUGUUUUUUUUUCAGCGUCACAUCCUCCUGGCCGGAGGAAUGUAGAGACGGGGAGCUUUAAAAAUAGCAUCGUGUGCUGUGACAGGGCUGCUCCUCGGGCUUAGCUCCACUGUGCUGCCAGGAGCGGGAAUGCGAAGAUGGCUACAGACCUGGGAGAGCUGCUGGUCCCCUACAUGCCCACCAUCAGGGUGCCCAAGACCGGAGACAGAGUCUUCAAGAGCGAGUGCGCCUUUUCCUUCGACACUCCUGAGUCUGAGGGAGGACUGUACGUGUGCAUGAACACAUUCCUGGGCUUCGGACGAGAACAUGUGGAGAGACACUAUCGCAAAACAGGACAGAGUGUUUACAUGCACCUCAAACGACAUGUCAAAGAGAAAGCCACAGGAGCAGCAGGUGGCGCCAUCCCCAGACGUCGAAAUGGGAAAGUGUUUCUAGAUUUAGAACUAAACCGUGAUUUUAACGGUGAGGACUAUGAGUACGAGGAUGAAGCCAAGCUCGUCAUUUUCCCAGACCACUUUGAAAUCCCUUUACCAAAUAUUGAGGAGUUGCCCGCCCUGGUCACCAUUGCCUGUGAUGCCGUCCUAAACGCACCGUCAGCGUACAAGAAACAAGAGCCUGAAUCCUGGGAAGAGGAGAUCCAGGUGUCCAGACAUGCCCGGAGCCUCCGACAGCUGGACAACGGGGUCAGAAUCCCACCCAGUGGCUGGAAAUGCCAGAAGUGCGAGAUGAGGGAGAACCUGUGGCUGAACCUGACGGACGGAGCCGUUCUCUGUGGGAAGUGGUUCUUCGACGGGAGCGGAGGAAACGGCCACGCUCUGGAGCACUACAGAGAGACCAGCCACCCGCUGGCCGUCAAAAUGGACACCAUCACGCCGGACGGAGCAGACGUCUAUUCGUUUGAGGAGGAAGAAGCUGUGUUGGACCCUAACAUAUCAGAGCACCUGUCACACUUUGGGAUAGACAUGUUACAGAUGCAGCAAAGAACAGAGAAUGGGAACCACACAGAAAACAGUUCAAGGCCGCGGGUCAGUGAAUGGGAGGUGAUCCAGGAGUCGGGUAUGAAGCUGAAGGCUCUGUAUGGUCCUGGUUACACGGGCGUCAAAAACCUGGGUAACACCUGUUACCUGUGCACAGUGAUGCAGGUGCUCUUCAGUAUCCCCGACUUUCAGAGGAUGUACGUGGGGAAUCUUCAGAGGAUAUAUGACUAUUCACCCCUCGACCCCACCCAGGAAUUUGCCACACAAAUGGCUAAACUGGGACACGGACUGCUCUCAGGCCAGUACUCCAAACCACCCAUGAAAUCUGAGCUCAUUGAACAGGUGAUGAAAGAAGAAUACAAGUUCCAGCAGAAAGGCAUCUCCCCAAGAAUGUUUAAGGCCAUGGUCAGCAGAGGUCACCCUGAGUUCACCUCCAACAGACAACAGGAUGCUCAGGAGUUUUUCCUUCACGUAAUCAACCUGGUGGAGAGGAACAGCGCUGGCUCAGAGAAUCCAAGCGACGUCUUUCGUUUUCUGGUGGAGGAGAGAACUCAGUGCUGUCAAUCACGUCGGGUGCGAUACUCACAGAGGGUGGACUACUGCAUCCAACUGCCGGCCCCGAUCGAGGCUGCCACCAACCGUGAGGAACUGCUUGCCUUCGAGGCCAAGAGGAAGGAGGCGGAGGAGAACACGAGGCCUCCUCCAGAGCCGGUCAGAGCACGGAUCCCCUUCACCGCCUGUCUGCAGGCCUUCACCGAGCCAGAGAAUGUGCCGGACUUCUGGAGCUCAGCCUUACAAGCCAAGUCAGCUGGUGUCAAAACCUCCCGUUUUGCCUCCUUCCCAGAGUAUCUGGUCGUGCAGAUCAAGAAAUUCACGUUCGGUCUCGACUGGGUGCCAAAAAAGUUAGACUUGGCCAUCGAUGUUCCAGAAUUCCUGGAUCUGAACCGAUUACGGGCCACAGGGCUGCAGCCGGGAGAGGAGGAGCUGCCCGACCUCAUGCCUCCAAUCGUGCUUCCUGAAGACACCAGAGAUAACUCAAUGGCCUCCACAGACUCUCCAGAAAUAGACGAGGUGGCCGUGAUGCAGCUGGCGGAGAUGGGGUUCCCCCUGGAGGCCUGCAGGAAGGCGGUCUACUACACAGGAAACAUGGGCCCAGAGAUGGCCUUCAACUGGAUCAUAGCUCACAUGGAGGAGCCUGACUUUGCUGAGCCCCUCACUCUGCCCUCCAUGUUGGACCCCGGCCCCUCCACCAGCGACAGCCCCAUGGGUGCGACCCCCCUGGACAACUCUCCUCCAGAGGAGAGCAUCGCCAUCCUCACCUCCAUGGGCUUCCCCCGCUCUCACAGCAUCCACGCACUUAAAGCCACGAACAACAACCUUGAACGAGCCCUGGACUGGAUCUUCACCCACCCGGAGCAGGAAGACGGUGACGCUCUCUCAGACAUGGCCGACACGGAGCCCAACGACAACAUCUUCUCCAACGCCAACUCACACAGCGACUCCACACUUUCUCCAGACAGAGAAUCAGGAGGUCCGCGGGUCAAAGACGGGCCGGGACGGUACGAGCUCUUUGGCUUCAUCAGCCACAUGGGGGCGUCCACCAUGUCUGGACAUUAUGUCUGUCACAUUAAGAAGGAAGGCAGGUGGGUGAUCUACAACGACCACAAGGUGUGUCUGUCAGAAAGACCUCCAAAAGACUUGGGCUACGUCUACUUCUACCACCGACUGUCGAGCAGUUAAAGCUGCGUCUCAUCUUCGAAGAAGACCGACAGACACGAGUACUAACGGCCGCCGCGGAGAGAGCAGCAGCGCCACCUGCUGUCAGGUCGUUCAGGGUCAACCAGGAGAAGACUUGGUCAGAAGAAGGGAGAACAAUGUGCUUUUUGUGCAUCUGUGUUACGUCAUGCUUUAAGUGUGUGUUUCAGUGUUAAAAAGAAAAGAGGGAAAAAAAAAAGAAAAGUUUUCUUUAAUGAAACAGGCGCCGAGGGACGUGUGCAGUCUCCGCUCCUCGACUGUUCCAGACUCCAAACAAUAUCACAUAUCAAAUCCCAGUGUUCCUCCUCGAUGCCUUCAGUUUCUGUGCCAAUGUUUUUAAAAAUGGCACUUUUUCUAAAGGGAGAUUGAAGCGGCAGAGCUUCACUGCCUCAAACUGUGACGGCGCCAACAACCAACGUGUGGUGCUGUUCCUAAUUACUCUGUUGGAGGAAAGAAUGUUGGUUUUGUUUUGUUUUUCUCAUCCCAGAGAAACUGGAAAGUGGUGUUUCAUUCCUUCAGGGUUCUGUGAAUAUUUCCCAGUGAAAACUAAAGCAGUAAAAAGGUGUUAAAUGUUAAGGUUUGCAGCUCAUUAAUUUUAAGAUGAGAUUUUCCGCCGUGUGACUCCCAGAUAAUAAAGACGUUCUUCACUUUUAAUGAGGACGGAACACUCCACCGUAUUAUCACCUUUCCUAAAAGCACUUUUUUUUUUUCAAAAACAUAAACACGUCCACAUUUGGUUCCUGAAGUAUUCCUUAGAAGUGGCCACAAAAAACUACAAAGCCUUUGAUGAAUGUGAGUGACGUCUGCAGCUGCUUUUAUUUCCGGGCGGCCGUCGUCAUCGCCCUGUGUGCUUUAACUGAGCCCCGACCCUACAUUUAGCCCCGUUUGAAUCCAUGUUGAAGUAUUUGCAGCGUCCCGGCUGCAGCUGCUGCUCUUCGGUUCUUUCAUCACAGACAGAUCCAGUUUAUUCACCGCUGCAUCCAAACUCUGAGCAAUAUGCACUGAAGCCGAGGCCCGACUCGCCGCUGAAUGUACGGACAUCUUAACUGAGUCGCUGCCACCAAACUCCUUCAUCAACUCCUCCUCUUCAUCAACAAUGUCGCUCUAAUCUUAUGCUGGAUUAUUCUUUUCAUUUAAUCCCAAUUCUACAGAUGGAGUUUGGACGCCGUCCAAAAACCAUGUCCCAUUCUAAGGGCUACAUGCUGUGCAGCCCACUGGUGCUGUGGGUCACAGGAGGUCAUGUGACCACCUGCUGCAGUGAGUGGCUGUAACAACGGUCACCAGGUUCCAGGUCUGAUAUCGUUGGGUCAACGUUACGUCCAAACGUUUCAGCCGAUGUCAGACCGUGUCCUGCAUCACACACAUGGUUGAAGACGUUACACGGGGACAGACCAGGUGGGUUUCACCUGGUGGAAAGUCUUUACAGAUCUUGUCGUUUCCUCCUCGAAGCCGGGGUUCAGUCGAACGUCACAAUUAGUGACGUCUUCAUGUUGGAAUGUGAGUUCAGCUAAAAAUGACGUUCACAGAAAAAGAAGUCUUUAAUGACAGGAAAGUCAUUAAAUCUGACAACCAUGAAUAUGUCCUCAGAAGGUUUGAAGUCUGAAGGACACGAUGUCAGCUCUUCAUCAUCAUCAUCACCUCAGCGUUGCUCCUCUGUCCAGACACUCUGUGUCUGGACUUCAGUUCCGUUCUCUCCUGACCUCUGACCUCUGACCUUCAGAUAAUGCUGUGUUCCUCGUCUAUGCAGCAGGAAAAAAACAAAGUCCUAUGCAAGUCUUCUUCUUCUUCUUGUUGUUGUUGUUGUUUUUUUACCGUGUGUCCGUCAAGUCCAGAUGUUUCUGUGUCUGUUCAGUUCAUUUGACUUUUGUCAAACGUUGCCUCUUGUUUUUUUGUCUUUUUGUCGAAGCGUUCCCUCGGCUGCGUCUCCUCCAUUUUUCUACUUUACGUUGUUGUUCAAACGUAACGGUUACAUUUGUCACAGAGCGGCUUUUCACUGUCGGCGUGUGCACUAGACUUUGACCUUUAGUCUUUGGGGUUGUACCCUCGUACUUUUGUGAGUUUUCUUUUAUUCUUUUCUCUCAUUCACCUGAAUGUCUGACAAAAAACAAAACAAAAAAAAAAACUUCACCUGUUUUUACUCUGUUGCCUUUUUGCCAGUCGUGUAGUUGUCGUUGAACAGUUUUGUCCUGAAGAGAUUCUGUUCUGUUGAAUUUUGUAAAGUGCAUUUAUCCAAAUCUGGUUUCCAUGUCUGUGAAAAGUCACGACGGUACGGUGGUACUGUUCACUUACAAUGUUUGGAUAAUUUAAUAAAAUACAUCUUUGUGGAAACCUGGCGUCGUCGACAAAGAAACUGACGUGAAACAAACAAAGUUAUUUAUAACAAGAGUUUAUUUCAAAAGACUUUCGUGUAGGUUUUAAAGGUGCUAAUGCGUUCUGUGUGAGAAUAUACAGGGAGAAUAAUACGCAAUACAUGAGGCAUAGAUGAACUACUGUAUAUAAAGUCAAUAUAUUUCUAUAUAUAUAUUCUCUAAAGUCAUUCAUCAAAAUAAACUGUUCAAACGUCUGACGUUUCAGAACAAACUGAGUCUGUACAUGUUAAAGGGGUCAACGAAGAAACUGACCGUCAAACUGACCGUCAAACUGACCGUCAAACUGACCGUCAACCCCAACCAAUGAAGCUGCAUGUCACACUUCCUAAAACCUCUGGAGUCUCAAACUCGGGGCCAGCGGACCAGAAAGGGCCACGACCCACCCAGAGGCGGACGGCGACUGUUUGUCAGUAAAAUAUUUUCUGAUGUUAAGACUUUAAAGACUUUCAGGAGGAAGUGACAUCAUCAGUAUCAGUCGUUGUGCAUAAACAUCAGAGAAUGCACCGACAGAAACGGACACGAGUACGAGGACGGAAUUGAAAAUGAAGAAUAAAGACGGUUAAUUUCAUUUUCCAGUUUCUCCUUUGUUGCACGGUGGAACAUAAAGAACAGAAAUGACAAUUAGAUUAAUUUAAAAUUUGAACAGAUAUCUGACCAGAACUCCUGCUUUUAGAAAAGGUCCUUCAUGUAGAACGUUAUCAUUUGGUUUCUUUCCACCGUCAGGUUUCUGUUUUUGACAAACCAACAACAAAACAGACGAAGUUUGAACAAGAAUCAUUUCAAACCGUUUUGGUGCCACAGCUUUAAAGGUUGGGGUCACUGCAGCCGUUCUCCUCCCACACUCUCUGCUUAAACUGUGUUCGUUUCUAUGCAGGAACAAAAACAAACAACUUUGUGUAGAACUGACACAGAACACGUCCACCUGCUCUGGUCAGGGUUGCAGGUUCGACAGCGUCCAGUAGAAAUCUUUGUCUUCAUGUCGUGAGACAAACAAAUCAUUUUCAUGUAUUUCGUGCACAU